CCGGAUGGUAUAGCUGUUGAUUCUCUUAACCGGCUGAUAUUCUACACUGAUACUGGUAAUGAUGUAAUAGCUAAGAUGACCGUGACUGGAUCUUCUCACCAAGAGAUAAUUAAAAGUGGGCUGGAUGAACCUAGAGCAAUAGUACUCGACACUACCAAAAAAAAAAUUUAUUGGACUGACUGGGGACAAAAUGCAAAGAUACUAACGGCUGAUUAUGAUGGAAAUAAUCAAAAAUCUCUAAUUACUACAGGGUUGAGGUGGCCCAAUGGUUUGGCUUUGGAUUUAAAAAAAAACAGAAUGUUUUGGACGGAUGCCAGCACGAAGAAAAUAGAAACAGCUACAACAGAAGGCUCAAGAAGAAGAACUCUAAUGUUUUCCUCCAAAGCACAUUAUUUUGGUAUAGCCUACCAUGACAAUAACAUUUAUUUCACAGAUUGGACUCAGAAGUAA